AUCGAGUGAAAUGAACUGUGAUAGGUCGAUAAACUAUCAAGUCAUCUCUGGUGAUGAUAACGUUGGUUUGUACUGGUUUCAUCUCCUUCACUUACUGAAAAUGAGCAACUAUUCCGUCCGUUUAAAGAAGAUGUUAUCAUCUGUUAGCAUGUGCAGCGUCGAAGCGGCCGCUUACUCUCAAUGUGUCAUUAAGAGUAAAAACACUAUCAAAGGAAGCUGCCAAAAAGAAUUUGCGAUGCUUGAGAAAUGCAUUAAAGUAGCCGCUUCUAAAGGAUAGUUUCUCUCCUGUUCUCAUCCACAUCACGACCCUCCGAUUUGUAUCGAUCGAACAACCGAGAUGAUUGAUAUUAGAACAAUAAUUUCCACAGACCGUUCAACAUCAAUGAAAUCAGAAACGACGACCCAAAGCUAGAAUCGCCAAAGAAUCGAAAAUGUUUCACAUCCAAAGCUCUCCUCACUAUUGACCGGUGUAUGAUGGGCAUUCGCUAAUUUAUAGAGAUCAAUUUUAUUGUGUUUUGUAAUGUAAUAUACUGUGUUACAAGAUUUAUUUUCUGCUUUACUUUCACUCUAUUUGGAUUCAAAGAAAACAAUAUUUCCCUUCGGCUGUUGAUCACAAAAUUCUUCUCGCUUGCUAUGUAACCAGUACAUAGCACAAUUUCAUCAAUUUGUCUACAGCACCGUAUUGUGAUCUUUAAAACAAAUAAUUCUCACACUGCACUGUAAUUUAAGCAAUGAAGGUGUGGCGAGUGUAUUGCCCCCUUGUUGGUAGCGCUAGAUUUGCUUCAACACAUUGGCGUCAUGUUGAGUCCCCAGCUCCAAUUCCUCGUCAAUUCUUCAAAAACGAUGCUCUGCCCAACACUCCCACUAUGACUAUAAGGAUUGGUGAAAUGAUCAAGAAGAAGAUAGUAACAUCAGAGCCACUUGAGUACAUAAGUGGGGAUGACAACUUCCAAUCCCAAACUGCAGAAGGAGCAAUACUGAAGUAUGAGGGGGAACUUUAUGACCUUUUGAAAAACCCUGUUGCUGAUGAGUCUUUUCAGCUCAUGUGCCAAGUAAAGAAUCAUGGGAUUGUGCAGUUUCGGGAGCAUUUUAGGGAGCUUCUCAAACAAACAACGCCCCACAAUCGCUUCCUGAUGAGCGGAGAGCGACGAUGUGGUAAAACACUUAGUUGUUAUGCACUCCUGAUUACGUACAUGAAGGAAAACUUUAAUGGGUUGAUAAUUCCAGCUCUGCAUUUGUCUCCUUGGUUUCAGGAUACUAGCACAACUCAGAUGAUUCACACUGGAGAGGGCUUGCUGGACUUUCCAGAGAUAAAUGCAGAAUUUCUAAGAUUUUUUGUGGCCUGCAAUACGUUCUCUCAAAAUCCUAACAAGGAUGCUAUUAGCAAUUGCUUGCUACUUGAGGACGAGCGUUGGACUUCUAAUAUUUACUCUUUUAAAGGAGAUUCACUUAUGGAUGUAGCAAAGAUAGGAAUAUCGACCCCUCCAGUUGCUGGUCACGUGAUCCAAACGAUAUUUUCUACAAUCCUAGAGCAGGGGAUAUCAUCCCUCGUUAUCGCUGAUAACGCUAAUCUACUCAGUGAGAUUCACUCAAGCAAGCUGGAAGAUCUCAGGGAUCUGAAUGCUAAAGAUUGGUGGAAUCAGCCAGAACUUGUUCCCAAUAAGAUAACUUUAUUGAGGAGCCUGAAAGAGUUUAUAUCCCUACACAAAGAGGGGCGAGUGUACCUGACCAUGGACCAACGGCGAAAUAUUGGUGAUAAGGUUAUCAAAGAAACAGGCGACAUUCCUCACGAGAUUGUGGCAAUACCAAACACGCCUUCGGAAAAAGAAUACUUGCAGUUUUUAAAUCACCUGCGUUUUGAGAACUUUAUAUCUAAGGACUUGAAUGUUGAGCAAGUGACGGAAUUGACGUACUUGACGGGACGGAACUAUGCAGAUACCUUUAAAUACAUGUUCAUAAUUUGAAAAUUCUAUAAAAUUGUUAAAUCAUUGAUUUAAGUUAAACAGAUUCAAGGAAAGCCCUAUUCGAGAUAUUCAUCCGAUUUAUGAAUCGCAAUCAUGUGCAACACGAUUUUCCUAGUGACCCAAAGUGACCUGGCCUGAUAUGGGGGUGUUUCGACUCGUUUAAUUUGGAGUUUAAACUUGAGAGUUGGUUGUUCGAGAAAUAAGUUUUUACAUUUUGUUAAUAUAUUUAGUUUGAGCAUUAAUUUAUUAUUUUCAACACUUUUGUACAC